AUGAAUAUAGAGCAAUUGGUUGGAUUGGAGGGCUUGUCUCCAUCUACCCACAACAUGGAGUUGUCAAACGUCACCAGAGCUGAGUAUCAGUUGUUGGACAUUGAGGACGGUUUCUUGUUUUUGAUUACCGCUGACGGUUAUAUCAAGGACGAUGUCAAGGUCCCCGAUGGAGAUUUGGGAGAGAAGAUCCAGUCUGACUUUGACGACGGAAAGGACGUGAUCAUUUCCAUCAUUUCUGCCAAGGGCGAGGAGAAUGUUAUUUCCCACAAGGAUGCCCCAAAGUGGUAA